AUGGUGGACGUGGACCACCGGAUGGCGGGCCUAGCCCCGGCGGCGCACGCGGCCGGCCUGCGCCGCCUGUCCACGCGCGCGGCAGCUGGCCCCUCCUCGGCGUCAGCGUCCCCGCGCCACGGGCUCUACUCCUUCCACGCCGUCGCCUCGUCGGUGCUCUCCCACCUCCGGUCGUCGGGGGUGACCAUCCUCCCGGGCCUGUCGGACGCGGAGCUCGCCCGCGCCGAGGCCGAGAUGGGGUUCACCUUCCCGCCGGACCUCCGCGCCGUGCUGGCGCUCGGGCUGCCCUCCGGCCCGGGGUUCCCGGACUGGCGGUCCCGCGCGGGCCUCCGCGCGGCCUUCGACCUGCCCGUGGCGGCCGCGUCGCUGCAGAUCGCGCGCGGCGCGCUGUGGCCGCGCUGCUGGGGCCCGAGGCCCGCCGACCCCGACCGCGCCCGGCGGCUCGCGCGCUCCGCCAUCCGCCGCGCGCCGCUGCUCGUGCCGCUCUUCGACCGCUGCUACCUGCCCUGCCGCCCCUUCCUGGCCGGCAACCCGGUCUUCUUCGUCACCGACGACCGCGUCCUCUGCUGCGGCCUCGACGUCGUCCACUUCUUCACCCGCGAGUCCUCCUUCCAGCCGAUGGACAUCUCCUCCCCACUGGUGGCGAACCCGACUUCCAGUUCCGGCACGCCGUGCACGCGCCGCAGCCUCGACGCGGCAUGCGGCGGGCAGGCCCCGCGCUGGAUCGAGUUCUGGAGCGACGCGGCCUCCGACCGGCGCCGCCGCGACUCCUCCUCCUCCGAGGCCUCCACGGUCUCCACCUCCUCCUCCUACUCGGGCUGCUCCUCCCCGCCGCGGAGGUCGACACCGCGCUGGGUCGACACGUACCUCGACAGGCUGGGGUCGGUGCUGAAGCAAGGCGGGUGGAGGGACCGGGAGGUGGACGAGAUGGUGGAGGUGGCCGCGUCCGGGAUGUUCGACGGCGAGGACGCGCCGCCGGCCGCCGACGCGGAGGCCGUGCUGGACACGCUGCUGCUGCGCACGGACCGGUGCUCCGACUCGCUCAGGCGCGCCGGGUGGAGCUCCGAGGACGUGUCGGACGCGCUCGGGCUCGAUCUCCGGCGCUGCAAGGAGCCGCACCGGAGCGCCGUGCAAGUGCCGCCGGAGAUCGCCGCCAAGGUCCGGCGCCUCGCGCGCGCGGUGGCGUGGUCCUGA